AUGAAGCGAAACCAGGCUGCGCGGUCCGGCCAUAUGGAUGCCAAAUCCUACGGGGUGGGCGUCGAGAGUGAUUUUGGUGUAAUCGUGACCAAAAAUUCCCUGCGCCAGCGGGAGCCCUCUUUCGCAUUGGCCGAAGCCAAACCGGCCGUAGCACUCAGCGAGUGGUACCUCAAGCUCAUCGAGGUCACUUGUGGCACUCCUCCAACAUCAAUGGGCGAUACCAAGACAAUCCUCGAUUGGUUCAGCGGCAAUGUCUACGAACUGAGUGGGCCGAUGACCAAGAAUCCUCUCAUCCUCUCAGCAUUGCACGCGCGCGGCUUCGUGCCCGAGAUACUGGACCAGUUCAAGUCGGGAUUCCCUCAUAACUGGAAGGGCCUGCUCCAGAUGGUCGACCAGAAGCGCAAGAUCAUGACCGAGGCGGCUGCAGCGGCGGCGGCCGCACUCCAACAGGAGGCUGGCAAUGGUCUCCUCCCUGUACCCGGGCAUCAUGCAACUAACGGCAACGAGUCGGUGAACGACGCCAACGUCUCGAUGGACGUGAGCGGGCAACAAGAGGAGAGUCCCGCGGCGACGAAUGCGGAACGAAAAUCGCGGGCGGUGGCGGGGAACGAGACGAAUGAACGAAAGAACGAAGCGAGCAGCAGAGAGAAACAGGGAAGCAGCAGCAAAACUGCGACUGCUGCCGGCAGUGAGCCACAUGGAGUGCGUGUGAAGAUUUCGCAUGACGACUCAUCGACGGCGGCAGGCAAGGGCCGCGGAGGAGCAAAGACGAAGAAGAACGAAGAAAGAGACGAGGAAGAGGAAGCGGAGGAGGAGGCCGAAGCGGAGCCGGUACUGCUGGACGGUAAGGUCAUUGCCGAGAUGACCCGAAUCGAGCUCCUCAAGGGCCUGCGAGCUCGCGGCAAAAAGAAAGCGAGCGGGACGAGGGGUCAGCUGGCGGCGAUGCUCGAGCGACUCGUGGUCGCGGAGACCGUGCCCCAGCCCCAGCCCCAGCGCGACUCGCCGAAGACAUCCAAGAAGGCCGACAGCAUACCAAUGGCCGCGGCAGCCAAACAAAAGGUCGACAAGGAGCCCACCGAGAGCACGACGACCCCGCCACCAGUCGCAGAAGAACUCACACAGGAAAAGACCGACGUCGAGGCCGCUUUGCCGCAGCCGCAGGGCCAACCCUCUUCGAUCGAAGGGCAGCAGCAACAGCAACAAUCGGAGGCACCCGAAGCUUCGACUUCGGUUCUCGGCGAUAUCGGAAGCGAGGAGCCCAAGCAAGCAGAGACCCCGCCCGUGCUCGAACCGAUGCAACAGAAUGCGGACGAGCCGAAGAAGGAGGAGGUCCUCCGCGCCGAUGAUGCAGAUCUACGACCUGAAGCGCAGCUGCCGCAGCCGUCGGAGGCACCGCAGCCUCAGCCGCUCGACGUGCCUCUUCUCUUUCCUCAGCGCGACGAUAACGUCGACAGAAACGAGCAGCAACAGCAACAGCAGGUGACUGAGCAGCCGCCGGAGGAGGUGAUGAUGGAGGUGGUGGAGCUCGUGUCGGAAACAACUGCAAGCAUGAUGAUCGACGGCGCGUCGCCACCGCAGGUCGAGCCUUACGACUCGCCCACGCUCGAGCUCUCUUCAUCGUCACCCUGCCUGUCUCCCUCCCCGCCGCCGCGUUCGCCGAUGUCGCCCGUCAUGGCCUCGCUGUCGGCGCCGCCCGACGAGUCAGGCGAGGCUCCCGCCUACUGGCUGUCUGGCGUGCCACACAUUUCGAUCAUUCCGGCCGCGUUGGCGUUCCAGCUCGACGCGGGCGCGCUGCCACCCGCUGCCAACGACUCUACGUCGACAGCCGGAGCCCUCGCGGCGGAGAGCAGCGAGAGUUUGGCGGCGGCGGCGGCAGCAGCCGUCGAAACUGUCGCAGCGACAAUCCUGGCCGACGUCGGGGCCGAGCUGGAGAAGAUCGCCGCCGAGUCAGCCCCUGGUGGUGUCCCAGCCGAAGACAAGGAACGUCCGCUGCCCCUCACUGCGUCCUCCAUGACGGCCGAGGCGCCGGGCGAGCAGCCACCAAAGGCCGAACCUCAGCACGAACCCGAGCAGCCGCAGGAGCAACCGCAGGCGCCUGCGGAAGUGACGAGCGGGCAGGAGGAGGAGCAUGCCGCUGCCACCGCCGUUGAGGGUUCUCGACAAGAAGAAGAGACAACAACAGAGGCGGGGAAGGAAGAGAAACGAACAACGACCGAAGGUGAAGCUGGUGAAGAAGCGGAGGAGGUCGCGACGAAGACCCCGAGCGCAGCGGAUCACCCUGUGGAAGUGCAGACCGAAGAAACGAAAACCGAAGUCGAAGUCGAAGCCGAAGCUGAAGCGGAAGCGGAAGUCCGAGCCAAGGAGGAAGAGGAGGAGGAACAGCCCGAGGAGCCGUUCCAGCAUCUCGAUCUGCUCAAGCGGGAUGAAAUUGUCGUGGAGCUGCAGAAACUCGGACUGCCGUGCCGAGGAAAGAAGCCACAGAUUCUGAACCGCCUGAAGGCCGCCCUCGCCGCUCGCGCAGCACCGGAAGAAGCCGGAAAGGAGGAAUUGGACCAGCAGCAGGGCGAGGCGGCCGGCGCUGAGGAGACGACGUCGGUCGCCCAGCCGCCGGAGGAUGAGCAGCCGCUGUCGCCUGUGCAGCCCGAGCUCGAGCCGGAGUCAGAGCCCGAGUCCGAGCCGAUAGUCGCGACGGUCGACGAGAGCGAACGGAAGAGCGAAGACGGCGACGACAAAAGAACGAAAAGAGACAGGCGUUGGUCCGACGCGAUGGAAGAAGACGAAGGCGAAGAGGAGGAGGAGGAAGAAGAGGAAACGGAUACGAAGACGAGAAAGAGGAGGAAGCAGCAGAAGGAAGAGGAGGGCGGGGACGAGAGGGCGAAGCUCAGGGACGAGUCGCGGAUAAGCAAGCACAGGAAGAAGCUGGAGCAGAACGAAAGGCGGAGGAUACGGAGCAACCAGCCGGCCACCCGCCCAUGGAGCGACCCGGAGGAGCUCACGCGCGACGAAAUCGCAAUCGAACUCAAGAAGCGAAACUAUCCCAGCAAUGGCGCUAGAAAUGCGCUGGUGCGACGACUCGCCUAUGUCAUGGCGGUGGAGCGUGGCGAAGAAGAUCCGCUGGCCAUCCCACCCGAAGACUGCGAACUCAUGACCAAGGACCAGCUCGCAACGGCCCUUGCCAAGCGAGGAUUCGACAAUGCUGGGCCGAUUGCGAAGCUGCGACAACGACUCCAGAAGGGUGCCACAUCCCCGCGGACCGCCGCCGAAUCUGAAGACGCCUCCAAACCGGAGCCGGAGGAGGAACCGGAGGAGCCGAAGACGAUCGCCGUGGCGAAGCGGCGACGUGUGAGCGAAGACUCGGAGGACGGCGACAAGAAGAAGCGGAAGCUCAGUGAGGCCGACAGUAACAAUAACAACAAUAACAAAAACGACGAGAGGAAGCCAGAACGAAUGGCGGAGGCGGUGAGCGACGGCGAAGAGAAACAGGGCGAGGGCGACGAGGAACGGGAGGAGGAACACGAGGACUUCGAGGCCGAGAUCGAGAACCUCAUGCGCGAGGCCAAGGAAAAGGGCCAGCGCGGGAAGAAGCGAACCAGCGGCACUAUGUACGCCAGCGACUCGCUCGACGAAGACGAGGGCGGCGCAGGCGACGACAACGGCGACGGCGACAGCGUGCGCCAUCACAAGCAGCAAACGAAGCAGAAAUCAUCAAAGCUGCACAAGAAGGUGAAGUUGGAGGACCAGACGUCGACCACGCCACGCGGCGCGCGCGACGAGAAGAAGGAGGCGGACGAGAAGGAGCUCAAAAAGAAGAAGGAGGAGGAACGACAGCGACGAGCCGAGGAGCGGAUGAAGCGCCGCGAGGCUGAUCGGCUCCGUCGCGAGGAGGAGAUCAUCCAGAAGCGCGUCAUGAUGCUCGCCACGACGACCGGAGAGCAACACGCGCGGCUGGCUGCCGACGAUCUGGACGGUAUGGACGACGACCUCGCCGGACAGAGCGGCGCCGAGGAGUUAGACGAGCUGUCGACAUCGACAAUGUCGGCAAUGGCGAACUCGGGCGACGGCAGUGGUGGCGAGGAGGGAGUGAGGUCGACGCCGAACAAAGGCGGGAGAGGCAGGAGAAAGAGCGGCGGCGGCAAGAAGAGUCGGGCGAUCAAGCGCGAGGAGGAGGAAGAGGAGCUCGAGGAUAUGGAGCUGGUCUACGGUCGCGACAACCUGGAGAAGCUGAACACAAAGAUACUCAUCCUACAGAGCAAGAUGCGUGGUCUCCCCACACAGAAACGGCGCAAGAUCGACAUGGUGAACCGAAUCGCCAACUUCGAUGACAGGCAAGCUGCGGGGGAGGGCCAGACCGCGACGACAGAAACAGCGGGGACGACGGCCGACGACGACGCGAAACGAAGUGGGGAGCAAGAAGCCCUGGUCGACCAGCAAUCGGUGAUCACGGACGUCGCGAUCGACGACGACGUCAUCCUCACGAGCACUGCUCGCGAACCCUACAGCGCGCCGGACGAGCACGACAUCGACGAGGUCUCGGAUGGUGGCGCCCGACCACGACCCACCAGCGACAGUCCGUGA